GCACGCAUCUCAAAAGAGCACCAAAUCAAUGAGAAAGAUGUUUCUGCUGUGCGUGUCCUUACAUCGUUGCCAUAUUCGUUCUGUCACAAUAUUAUCAACAAACUACGGCAAGACCACAAAACUGACGAGUGCAAAAAGGAGCAGUCUAGUUCUGGUCCUUUUAUGAUGAUUUUCGGAGGCCUGAUGCUGUUGGGUGUCGGAAGGACGAUGCCAUUCUCACUCGGUCUUCCAUUAAUGGACGACAAUGUGAAGAAACAUAAUCUCCCACUAUACUUUGCCUGCAUGUUCUUUGUGAAGAUUCUUGGCCCUGUAGUCGGUCUACUCGUCGGUAGCAAACUCAACGAAAUCUACUACACUUUUGAUCCUCCACAAGGUCUCACUCCACUUGAUCCAAUGUGGAUUGGUUGCUGGUGGCUAGGAUUUCUCAUAUUCGGAGCUCUUUUAUUCUUUCCGUCAUUGGUGCUAUUCCUGUUUCCUUCCGACAACCUAGAUGAAGACAAUAACACUGUGAAGAUUUCUCUCGAAGACGCUAAACUCAACGGGACAGCGCCAGUGAAACCGAAGAAAAUGCUGAUCCUCCGAGAUAAACACGUGAAACGCCAUGGCGAUCAUGUCACUGCAGGGGAAAAGAUCAGCGGUUCGUGA